UGUAAACCUGAAAUUAAUCUAUGGCAUUUAUGAUCCACAACCCUAUUGUCAAAGUUUGAGUUAGUCACAGGAAAAAGAAGUCCCCGAAUUCGUCCUUAAAAAGUUUUCCAAGUUAAAAAGAGAGAGAGAGACAGUAGGGAAACAUUUAUCUCGGGCAUGAACUGUUUCUCCUGUACCCCCAGUUCUCUUCCAUUUAGCGACCCUCCUCAACGCAGGGCUCCGAGCCUCGUGCGCAGGGAUCUGGUAGGUGACACUGGGGAUGACUGUGGCAUCCUCCCGCUUCCGUCAGCAUCUGGAGAGGGAGGGGGUUGGGCCAAGAGGGUCUCCAGGGGCGGGGCGGAGGAGGAGAGAAUGCAAAACAGUGCCUCAUCCCUGGAACCUACCGAGCAGCAACGCCCCUCGCUAUAAAUUCAGAGCUGCCGCGUCGCAGAUGAUUCCAGCGCGCUCGUCAGCCCAGGGCCCCAGGCAGUGGUGGCAGGCACGGCGAGCAUCUGUUUCGGGCUGGGACGGCGACUGAUGGGGAGCAGCCCGAGCGAACCCCGGGAGUGAGGGCGCACCGCCGGGACGCGGAAGACGCGGGCGGAAGCCCCGCACCAGCGCUGCCAACUCGCUGUCCGACGUGAGCUCAGGGCCCCGGGCGCGGAUUUAAUACACGGUAAAUUGGUCUAAAAUGGCCGAGUUUUCAUCUGAAUAAGACACUGAAGCCAUCCUAGAAGUUCUGCAUCCAGCUUGAACCAUGCAAACCCAGGCUGAUGUGUUAGUUUAGAAGAUUGCAGCAGAACUUUAUCAAGUGCAUCUGGCAUAGUGUCUAAGACUAAUUAACCCAGGAGAUCAAAAUGAUCCUCAACUCUUCCACUGAAGAUGGUAUUAAAAGAAUCCAAGAUGACUGUCCCAAAGCCGGAAGGCACAAUUACAUAUUUGUCAUGAUCCCUACUUUAUACAGUAUCAUUUUUGUGGUGGGAAUAUUUGGAAACAGCUUGGUAGUGAUUGUCAUUUACUUUUACAUGAAACUCAAGACUGUGGCCAGUGUUUUUCUUUUGAAUUUAGCACUGGCUGACUUAUGCUUUUUACUAACCUUACCACUGUGGGCUGUCUACACUGCCAUGGAAUAUCGCUGGCCCUUUGGCAAUUACCUGUGCAAGAUCGCUUCAGCCAGUGUCAGUUUCAACCUCUAUGCCAGUGUGUUUCUACUCACAUGUCUAAGCAUCGACCGUUACCUGGCUAUUGUUCAUCCAAUGAAAGCCCGCCUUCGGCGCACAAUGCUUAUGGCCAAAGUCACCUGCAUCAUUAUUUGGCUGUUGGCUGGCUUGGCCAGUUUGCCAACUAUAAUCCACCGAAACGUGUUUUUCGUUGAGAACACCAAUAUCACGGUUUGUGCUUUCCAUUAUGAAUCCCAAAAUUCAACCCUCCCCAUUGGGCUGGGCUUAACUAAGAAUAUACUGGGUUUCUUGUUUCCUUUUCUGAUCAUUCUUACAAGUUACACUCUUAUUUGGAAGACUCUGAAGAGGGCUUAUGAGAUUCAAAAGAACAAGCCAAGAAAUGAUGAUAUUUUCAAGAUAAUUAUGGCAAUUGUGCUUUUCUUUUUCUUUUCCUGGGUUCCCCACCAAAUAUUCACUUUUCUGGAUGUACUGAUUCAGCUGGGCAUCAUACAUGACUGUAAAAUUGCAGAUAUUGUGGACACCGCCAUGCCCAUCACUAUUUGCAUAGCUUAUUUCAACAAUUGCCUGAAUCCUCUCUUUUAUGGCUUUCUGGGGAAAAAAUUUAAAAAAUAUUUUCUCCAGCUUCUGAAAUACAUCCCUCCAAAGGCCAAAUCCCACUCAAACCUAUCAACAAAAAUGAGCACACUUUCCUACCGCCCCUCAGAUAAUGGAAACACAUCCGCCAAGAAGCCUGCCUCAUGUAUUGAGGUUGAGUCACACACUUGAAGCCUAUCUGUGAAGUAAUCCUGUGAAAGGAGAAGCAAGAAACACAUUCCUCUACGGCACCUCACUACCAAAGGAACAUUAGCUACUUUCCAGAAUUUAAGAAGAAAAAGGUUAUGUGGUCUCAACAAACCUUUCUAAAGCUCUGAACAAAACCUUUUCUUUCCCUGUGCAACAAAACAUAAAGUGAAGCCACAUUUUGCCACAUUUUGCAUCAGACAGACGACGGCCACUCAAAGAAUGAUGUCAGAAGCUAGAUGAAUGUGUUCACUGGGAAAAUUUUACUGGCAGAAAUGCCGUCUCCGCAGCCGGCUCCUGUUCUGUUAUUUUUGACUCUUCCACAUGAAGGUAUUUGGAAUGUGUUCAACCUUGAGAGGAGCGACAGGAGGUCAGAGCUUAAGAUUGCUCUGCCCAGUUUCC